UGGAUACUGAGAGACUGUAAUGUCGCUCUUGAGUCCUUCAUGGAGUGAAGCACAUCGUUGACGUUACUGGCAAAUAGUUUUUCACCAUCAAAAGGGAGAUCUUCUAUGGUAUUCUGAACCUCGCAAGGAAAAGAAGACGAUGAAAACCAUGAAGCUCGACACAUCAUGACUGCUGUAGCAGUGGACCUCACAGCUUUGUUAGCAACAUCAAGCGCAGCUUGUAGUGCGGUACGGGAGAUGAUUUCUCCGUCAGAGACUAUGGCUUUAAACUUAUGGUUUUUUGCCCCCUGGAAUGUCAUCAAUAUAGGCCAUGAGUUUCUCAUAAUUUCUGUGCUCAUAUUUUGCCAGAACAGCCACAUAAUUAGAGAUCCGGAAUUGUAAUGUGAACGAAGCAUACACUUUACGACCAAGCAGAUCCAGCCUUUUACUGUCUUUAUCAGUUGGGGUAGAUUUGGGAACUGGUGUUUGUUCUUUUGGUUAGCUACCUCUACUACCAAUGAGUUUGGCUCUGCGUGAGUAAAAAGGAACGCAGACUCUUUGGAAGAAUAAAAUAUUUCCAGUUAGCUUGCUUACAGGUAGGUGUGCUAGUAGCCAGUGUCUGCCAUAUGGUUUUGGCAGGGUUCAUAAUGGCUGGAUUUAUAGGUAAGGCAAUCUUGGAUGUGGAGGAAGGUUGCAGGAUGUCAGUCAACUCAUGUUGGUUUUCAGAAAACUUCCUCCAGAUUAAUCCUCAUCUCAUUGGCGACUCUUUUAAAGAGGUCUUGAAAUUUUAAAAAGUCAUCCAACAGUGUUGGUGGGGGAGGCAGUAUAGCCUCAUCCUGUGUGGAUACGGGCUCCACAAGCGUUGGGGAAGCAUGUGUAGCGUGUUCUUCAAAGUGAGGAGUAACAGCUUGUUGUUGUGUCUCAUUCAUAGCCAUAUGCACUGGUGGUGGCGAGGUGGCAUUGCUCCUAUUUUUGGCAUCUUGGGGAUCAUAGUGGAAUCGUUUAUAUGGUGCCCAUGGACCCCGUACUGCCACUGACUGUGGAAGAGCAUAGGUGGGGCCAUCCACGGGUUUGUAUACCAGGGAGGGAGGUCUUUGAUGAACGAAGACCUAGAUUUUCUGUGACCAGUGCUGAUUUGGCUCUGUGACUGGGAGAACUGGUAUGGUGAAAAGUCUCGCUGCACUAUGGCUUCCUCAUCACUACAAAAGUGAGAUACAGCUGGAGACAGGUGUCCGGACCGCAUGCAAAUGUCCAGAGAAAAAUAAGUGUCAAGUAGAGGUAACUGUAGGUUAGAUGACACCUGUAGGUCCGGGGAAUGAAUCAACUGCAGUGCCGGAGAGCCUGUGUGAGAGAAACCCUCCGUUAGGAGUGCCUGUGGUGCUGAAGGGUCGUUCGGCACCGAUGUUCUCUGCACCGUAGCGCUCAAUGCAUGCAAGAGAACUAGAUAAAUUCAUGGUGUAUAAAUCCAUUAAUGGCUAUUAGCCAGGAUGGGCAAGGAAUGGUGUCCCUAGCCUCUGUUUGUCAGAGGGUGGAGAUGGAUGGCAGGUGAGAGAUCACUUGAUCAUUACCUGUUAGGUUCACUCCCUCUGAGGCACCUGGCAUUGGCCACUGUCGGUGGACAGGAUACUGGGCUGGGAUGGGUCUUUGGUCUGACCCAGUAUGGCCAUUCUUAUGUUCUUAUAUCGGUGGUGCCGGGAAGGUAAGCGCAGCGUGGGUCUGUUCCCACAAGGUCCUCUCUGCUGUCACCGUGUCCAUUGCGGUGCCGAACGGUGCCAUGAGAGAGGCAGGCAACUGGAAGCCUGAAGCCUCAGCACCGGGAGCUUGCACUGUUGCUUCAGCCACAGGCGGGAUUAGCGCGAUGCCGGGGAAACCAGCACAUCAAAGGUGCUGAGCCGAGAGAAGGUCUGUAUAGAAGAAAUAUACCUGCUCGGUGACCUUUAUGCUUGCAAUGUUUCCCUUCUGGGUGAGGGAGGCGGGCGUUUUUUCUUUUGUCCUUUUUUUCCUUUUUGUCUUUUUUGGAGGCGGGAGGGCUGCGGUUCACUGAGGAGCCUGUACCUGGGUCAGAAGCAGGUCUGAGUGACUUCUACCCAAGAAUCAUUUUCAGGUGAAGUUCUCUGUCUUUAUGUGCCCUGGAUUUUAAUUUGGAACAAUGGGCACAUUUUUGAGGAAUAAAGGACUCCCCCAAGCAUUUUAUACACUGGGAGUGGCCAUCCGAGAUAGAGAUGGCAUCCCUGCACGUAGUGCACCACUUAAAUCCUGGGGAGCCAGGCAUAUUAACAUCGGCUGGAGGCUGAGAGGAACAAGCGGGAAUUAAUUUUAAUUUUUUUUUAAGGGAUGAACUUAUCUAGUAACUAGAGUGCUAAACUAAGUGAAAAAAAGGAUGUAGAAUGGGUAAGAGAAAAAGUUUUAACGAGUCUGCUGUAGGUCUGACUCUGGCCGGGGAUGGUAGAGAAGGAACUGAGGAGUUCGGCCGCGCAUGCGCACUAUUAAGACAAAACCGGUAUGUGAGGCAGGCUCCGUGCAUGCGCAGCCAAUACGGGUACUGCUGUAAAAAUCUCCAAACAACGGCGCAGGGGCGCAGCAACACCUACAGUAGAGCACCCACAGGGACACCUCUCGAAGAAGAAUUGUAAAUGUUGGGGGAAGAGGUGAGGCCACACUCCGCCUAGAUCCCAGCUCAGCCCAGGUCUACACUACGGGGUUGGGUUGAAUUUAGCUGCGUUAGGUCGAUUCUAAAAUGAAUGCGCCUACACAACCAACCCUGUUCCGGUGACCUAGAGGGCUCUUAAAAUCGACUUCUGUACUCCUCCCUCGCUAGGGAGGGAACUAGCGCUAAAAUCGACCUUGCUGGGUCGAAUUUGGGGUAGGGCAGAGGCAAUUCGACGGUAUUAGCCUCCGGGAGCUAUCCCAGAGUGCUCCAAUGUGACCGCUCUAGACAGCACUUUCAACCCCGAUGCACUAGCCAGGUACACAGGAAAAGCCCUGGGAAAUUUUGAAUUUCAUUUCCUGUUUGGUCAGCGUGGUGAGCUCAGCAGCACAGGUGACCAUGCAGUCCCCCCAGAAUUGCAAACAAGCUCCAGCAUGGACCGAAAGGGAGACACUGCUGUAUGGGGAGAAGAAUCUGUGCAGGUCGAACUCUGAUCAAAAAGGAGAAAUGCUAAUAUAUAUGCCAAAAUCGCACAGGGUAUGGUGGAGAGAGGCUACAACAGGGACACACAGCAGUGUCACAUGAAAGUCAAGGAGCUCAGGCAAGCCUACCAAAAGACAAACGGUUGCUCUGGGUCAGAGCCCUAUACAUGCCUCUUCUAUGAUCAGUUGCCUGGCAUUCUAGGGGGGACCCUACAACUACCCCACCACUGUCCGUGGACACCUGCAAGGGGGGGAGUCUCACGCAACAGGGAGGAGGAUUUUGCGGAUGAGGAAGAGGAGGAGGAGGAGGACAAUGAGCAGCAGGCAAGUGGUGAAUCCGUUCUCCUCAGCAGCCAGGACCUUUUCAUCACCCUGGAGCCAGUGCCCUCCCAAGGCAGGAUUCCCGACCCUGAAGCCAGAGAAGGCAGCUCUGGUGCAAAUGUUUCUAUGCUUCCCCUAUCAUCUUCGUCCCUGAGGUUAUCGCAGAUUAGAAGGCGAAAAAAACGCACCCGCAAUGACAUGUUUUCUGAACUUAUGCAGUCCUCAUGCACUGAUAGGGCACAGCUUAAUGCAUGGAGGCGUUCAGUGGCAGAGGCCAAGAAAGCAUUAAGUGAGCACAAAGAGCAGAGGCAAGGGGAGAUGCUGAGGCUGAUGUGGGAGCAAAUGGACAUGAUGAAGCAUCUACUGGAGCUGCAGGAAAGCCAACUAGAGCAUAGACCCCCCACUGCAUCCAUUGUAUAACCGCCUGCCCUCCUCCCCAAGUUCCAUUUCCUUCUCACCCAGAUACCCAAGAACACCCAGGGGAGGCUCCAGGCACCCAGCCACUCCACUCCAGAGGAUGGCCCAAGCAAUGGGAAGGCUGGCAUUCAAUAAGUUUUGAUUUGUAGUGUGGCUACAAUAAGCAAUGUGGCCUUGUCCUUCCCUCCUCCCAAUCCCACCCCACCCGGGCUACC